GCCUGCAGACCACCGAUGCGUCCAUGACCCACUGUGGAGAACAUCACAUGAGGAGUGUCAAACAUGCGGGCACACAUUGAUGGCGGCGACGACGAUGGUGGUGGCGGUGACGACGCCGACGAACGAUUGAUGGAGGACGUGGAAGCAGGGGACGACGACGACGACAUUCGUAUUCGGCCUCCGAGGAAGACGGGUGGGAGGGGGAGAGGACGCAGCCGAGGUGUUGUUCGUGGUCGAUCCGUUGGCCGUGGCGGCAAAGGUGGCGCCAGCGACGACGGUGGGAAGUCUGCGACGUACAGGUCUCCGGAAGACCAAAUGCUCCUGGUGAGAUGCAAGCGGGAGCAAGACAUGCACCUCGCCGGGCUGGGUCACAAUUACGGUCGGAUGCGGACCAAGGAGUGGAAGUGGGACAACAUUGCGAAGCGCAUGGGGAACGUGGGGGGGCCUAGAGACGCGAACGACUGCAUGAAGAAGUGGGACAAUCUCUUCCAAAACUACAAGAAGAUACAGAGGUUUUUGAAUGCGAGCGGCCAGCCAGAUUUCUUCAGGCUAUCGAAUGAAGAAAGGAAGGAGCACAACUUCAAGUUCCGAAUGGAGAGGGUGUUGUACAACGAGAUCCACGCAGGCAUGGCGCGAGUGGGUGGUGGGGAGUCUGUUGGUAGUGAGUCCGGUGGUGAAGGCUUCCCUGAAGGACGUUCUUCUGUGAGGGACUCCGACAACAACGCAGGCAGUGGGGUUGGAGGCGGGAAGCAGAAGAAUGCGCGUGAACAGGCGUUGGAGUCGAUCGCUGAUGUCAUGGACCGCCAUGGGGAACUGAUGUCGUCGACGAUCGAAUCGUCUAGCAAGCGGCAAUGCGGCAUAUUCACGAGGCAAUGCGACAUACUCGAGCAGGAAGUUGCAGUCCAAAAAGUGCACUAUGCGGCGUCCGAUGAGACGCAGAGGAUGAUGUGCCACGCGCUUAUGGAGAUCGUUGCCACCAUCCGUGGUCGGUCGCCGAUCGGAGCACUCUCGCCGGGGUCGUCGUCCUUCUGUCCACCUCGUGUACGUCGUCGUCUUCUUCCCGCAGAGGACAGUUCUUCUGCGUCGUACGAGUAUUCGUCCGCGUCACGCCGCAGCAGCACGGGAGACAUUUCUCUCGCCAGAUCGGCGGGACUGCAAACGGCGGUCGACGAAGCAUUUCCCGCUCAUCCGAUCGGACCGCCAAGCUCGUCUGCAGAGGUCACGAUGAAGCAUGUCUACGUGAGGGAGCACCGUGGGAAGAAGCGCGACGAAGUCCCUGACGACAGCCAAGGGCAGGGAAGAGGUCGUCGGCAUGUCCCGAAGACGAAGAGGGUGUGUUUGGAUGAUGCGUCCGCAAGGGUGCCUCCUUGUGGAGCGCAAGGUUGGGCGGCAGCAGCGGGAGGGGACUACGACGAAGACUUCACGACGGAGGAAGAGCAGGCAGAGGCGACCGCGUCUGCAGUAUGGGAGAGCGGUCGGCAACGCUCCUCUGAUCACAGCGCUCCGAAGAGGAUGCUAACCCCUCCACCCGAGGCGCAGCAACUGCGUGCCCGCGAAAGGCGGACAGAGAAGGCUGCCAUCGUCGAUCUUGGCGGCGAUGAUGACGAGCCCUUGGAAAAACGUCACCUGCGCACUCGUACAAUAGCGACCCCACCGACGACGGUGGUGGCACGUGCUGCGGUAGACGAAAGGCCAGUCAUGGGUAGACUGCCCGCCACACCGUCUCAGCCACGCCAGCGCAACCCGGGUGAUGACGGAGGGUCCGCACUGUGGCCCCCCGUUGCGACGGCGAGAGAGGAGGCAGCAGUUGUGGCGACGACGAGAGAGGAUGCGCGUGGCGAGAAGAAAACUGAUCGGGAGGGCUGCGAGGCCGGUUCAAGCCGGGUACAGAGGGGAGUGAUGACGAAAGACCUCAUCGAUCGUGCCGUCCUUUGGGUUGAUGACAAAGCUUUCUGGACGACGGGGGAGGGGCGAAGACUUCACGAAACGAGAGAGUGCUUUGUCGCCAUUGCCAGCGGACUUCCACCGCCUGCCAUCCCUCGAAGCGUCGUACAGCCCAAAUCUAGCACGAGGGUAGCCAGGAUCACCGACCAAUCACAGCUGCAACAAGCGAUCUCCCGUGCGGUGGAAGUGGAGAACAUUGCUUUGCGCAUCUUGCACGACUGGGUAUUCAAGUCGGGGAACCGCCCAAGGGGAUACAAUGUGGCUUUCCAGUACUCGUUGGAGUCCGUAGCGACGAACAUUGCGCGUGCUAUGUGGUACAUCGAGGAGUGGUGCAACGUCGUCAGCCCGGCGGUUUGCGCGCACAUGAUAGAUCUGUCCAUGGACUUGCCACUGUGGUUCGCCGACGCGAAUAUCGAGGAUAGAUCGGACGACGACGACAUGGCGGCGCACCAGGAGUCCACUGUAAUCUGCGUCGCGCAUGCGUUCCGCGUGGCGGUGCAAAUGGGUGCGCUCAUCGACGGGGAUUUCAUCUCCUACGAUCAUCUUUGUCGGGUGGCUGACUGCUUCAGGCUGUUGUUGGCGGCGUCCAUGUGGAUAAUGCGCAUAGCGGGAGAUGAUCCGCGCAGCCACUACGAAGCUUUCUACUUUGUGAGCCUCGUGGCGAAACCCACACUCGUCGCGGCCAUGCAUCGUUCCUUCGAUCAUCGACGAUUCGUCGUCCGCGCCGUAAAUGUCGUCACAGAGAGGCUCGGGAAGGCGAACGCCACGUUGGGAGAGUACCCCGACUACAUCCCUCAAUGGGCGCCCUACGGCAUUGGUUUCAGGCACGACGUGAGCACAACAGGGCCGGAGGAUGCGAAGAAGUUAGAUUGGUUGGGUUCGGGCCCCCCCGAUGAUGACAACAACGACGACGAAAAAGAUGACGCGUAGGGGGCGGCGGGGUGGGCAGGGUGGGCGGGGUUGGGGGGGGGAUGCUUGUGUGAAUGCGGCUGCAUGUACACGUGACUAGUCGUGAUGGGCUUCGUUGUGGUUGGACCGUUGUGAAGUGCGCACCUGUUUAGAGUGGGGCUGGAGGCGGAACUCGCCAGAAUCGUUGUCGGUUGCGUAGAUGUAUAGCGCGUCGGCUGUGGCACAACGGCGGUUUGAUUGAUGCCAAUCGUGUAUAUUGCGUUUUGUGC